UCGAUGAUCCCACACGGCCAGCCAGCCCUGGGCCCUUCGAUUCCCGAUGCCGUCCUGGCUUGCAGGGGAUCGAUUGAAUGGACACUUGGUGCCAACCAGCUUCGACCGCUUGACCUGCCUCGACUCGACCACCUUGGACGGCAGACACCCGACUCUCUUGGACAAUGAUCGGCUGCUUUGAUGGCCUGGUUCUCUGCUGGGAUGUCGGUAGCUCGAUCUUGAUCGUCAACCGAUCGGUUUCGGGCAUCGCCGGAUCAGUCACAGGUGUCAGCGAGUCUGUCGCAGCAUCGUCACGGCAUCGUCACGGCAUCGUCACGGCUUCAUCACGGCAUCGUUGCUCGCCGAUAUCCAGCGACCAGGUUCUCCGAAACAGCCAUUCGAAUUGGAGCAUCCGGCCCAUCGACAGACGCAUCGUCAAGCGGAGGAAAGUUGCGUCGAGGCAUCUGGAUCGUCGUGGUUGCUGCCGAUUCCGUUUUGAUCAAGCGUGCCGGGGAUGCUGCUGCUGCUGCUGCUGCUGCUGCUGCUGCUGCUGCUGCUGCUGCUGCUGCUGCUGCUGCUGCUAUUGUUGUUGUUCGGCAGUGUGUCGCCGGCACAGUGGCCGUCUGUCGAUUGCUGUCUAUGUUGUCUUUGGAUUGUGGCUGGUGCCGGAUAUUGUGGGCAUCCUGUGGCGACCAGCCGAUUGCUCACUCGCUUCUGGCUGCUGUUGGGCAUAUUUGACUGUUGGUGGCAUAUUCGACUGUUGGUGGGAUAUCGAGCUGUUGGUGGGAUAUCGAGUUCCCGCCGUGUCGAGUUCGUGGUGCACCGAUCCCCGGCAUCUGCUCCUGGUCGCAUCAAUGCCAUGCCGACGAUGCACCGACGAUGCACCGAUGUUGCGCUUGCUUGGAUUGAUGCUUGCUGCAUUGGCGGCCCGGCUCGAUGCCACAGCUCGAAUGCUGCGACUGGAGGGCACAUCGACGACCAACGGCAAGGCACAUAUCGCGAGCAAGCAGCGAACAAGCAGCGAGCAGCUGUCGUUGCAGACGAGGCGAGGACCAGCAGCAAGUGCGGUGGCCGGUGCGGCAGAUGCAAGCGAAUCGGGGACGAGGCAAUGUCGGCGGGGGUUAUGGUUCGCAACGAGCCUUGCCGAUGAGACAGGGAAGUGACUUGGAUGCACUUGCAGCGUCGGUGAUCCUGGCCAUGACUGUGCCGUUGACGAUGAUUUCCGUGCUGACUGUGAUGAUAUCUGUCCUUGCCAUCAGC